AGUCUCGCUCUGUCACCCAGGCUGGAGUGCAAUCUCCGCCUCCCGUGUUCAAGCGAUUCUCCUGCCUCAGCCUCCGGAGUAGCUGGGACUACAGGCGCACAACACCACACCCAGCUAAUUUUUGUACUUUUAGUAGAGACAGGGUUUCUUUCACCAUGUUGGCCAGGAUGGUCUUGAUCUCCUGACCUCGUGAUCUGCCCAUCUUGGCAUCCCAAAGUGCUGCGAUUACAGGCAUAAGCCACCGCGCCUGGCUGAAAGCAUAUUCUUUUAAGGUUUUGUUAUUGUUUUUCCAUGUAGCACUGACAGAUUUGUACUAAUUCUUUGCUUCUCUGGUUGCCAGAUAGCUUUAGAAUUGUCAGCUGAGGCUCUUGAAGAGCAAAAUUAAACUACCUUAGUUGGCUUAGAUAGGGAAAUAAUCUGACUUUUAGGAUUAUUUGCAGUAUAAAUGGUUUCAAACACUAAAGGUUGACAACGAAGCAUUUAUAGUCCACUGAGAAGGCUAUCUAAUUUCAGAUUCCAGGUAAGCAGAAUCAAAUUUAAAAGAGCACGCUCUGUGUUGAUAUGCAAAAGUUUGUUAAAGUAUACGUUUUGAUCUUUAAUUCAUUUAUUAGUUACUAAUGUUAUUUACUAUUUAGUAAGCACACGCAAAUGUGGUAAGGACUGCAUUUAUUAGGAAUACACUGUAAGGUUACAGGCAGUGUGGGUGUGGAUUUUGACUGUAUUUGAAGUUUUCUUACCUUGAAACUUACUUAGCACUUGUAAACCUAUACCAUAGAGUUUAGCCCUUAUUUCCUCUUAAGAGACUUGAAAAUCCUACACCAUCUAGUGUAGUGCUAAUCCUAAAGAAAACAACCAACGAUUAAGUGUUAAUUGUUGAUUGGUGUCACCCUAUGAUCAAUUGUUUUCACUCUGAGGCUCAAGUGAAACCAAACGGUUGGUCACUUUUUCGAUUUAGUAUUUUUUCAAUUUCUUAGAUCUCAGGAUAUUUUUAGAUUUUGGAUGAGAGAACAAGGAUCUCUGACAACCAUCAUUCUCAGAAAAUGUCUGGCAUCACCUCAAAUCUGGAUUUCGAACAUUACAGAGGGAUGAAUGAGGAGCAGUACCACUAGACUGAGGUCCAGGCCCACUUUGCCAUCUUGGUAUUCUUAAUCUUUGUCCUAGUUCCUGGCACGAUAAGAAUUUUCAAAUAAAUAAUUUUUGUAUUAAAAAAGUAGUAUUUAGAACCAAAUAUCUUCCAUAAUAUAGAAAAUUUAGUCAGCUUUCCCAGUAAUGAUUCUUUAAGUCGGCCUUCUGAAAUAUGAGAAAAGGUUUCCCUGAUAGUCUCGAUGAUAUUUUGCACCAUGGGUAGGGUUGUAUUUUAAAGUUAAAUGACUACAUAUAUUGUUUUUUGUUUUUGUCGAGGGACCUGAGAUGGGGCUAAUUGAAAACGUCUGGAGCUUAAAGACCCGUGCAGUUUCCGCAGCAAUGAUAUUAUUGCUCCGAAUUUCAAUAAAUCAACAUUUCACUAUAUAUCGGCAAAGUUUACAGCCUUUAAAAAAUGACCAAUAUAGACGGAAUCAAAACCGAUGUAGUCCCAAAGCGACCCAGAGCUGUAUCUGCCAAAGCGUCCAUUUAAAUUCGUGCGUUCCAAGGAAAAUUACUGCUCCUUAGCUUCUAUCCAUUUGCAAAAGUUUAUGAUUUUUUCAGGCAUUCCUCACACCUGUUAGGUUAAAAUCAGUAACACUCUUAAAAAGAAAGCGAGAGACCGGAAAUGGUAAGAGAAUAGAAUUGGCAACUCCAGAGACAUCUGCAAAUGACACUCCAUUUUUUUUCUCGCGCUGCAAAAUGUACCGGUAAACCGGACUUUCCGGGACUCGCUGGGUGGCCGACAUUUUCCCUAGCAGGAAUUUUACAUUUCCAAGAUCUGAAUGGAUGUUAACGGUCGGGCUAAAUGCCAGGCAGGUCUUCAUUGUCAAAUUAAACAGCGGUGGGAGCAAGCGGAAUAACUGAGUUCUCCUCCCGCACCUGAGUGCCGGCAGCGAGCCGCGAGCCGGGACACCUCGCCGGCGGGAAGCCCCGGCCGCCCAGCGAGCAGUGCCUCCGGCUCCUGCUCGGAUCCCCCGGCCCGCCUCUGCGUCAGGGACGCGGAAACCCCGUAGGAGCAGGGCGGGCGGGGAAAGCGAGGUUUGUCUAACGCCGCAGCGAUAUUCUUCCGCCGCGAGGUAAAGAGUCCCAACACAACCCCGGGCCCUAGGAUUUCCAGCGACCCUGUAAUAUCAAGAAAUUACCACAUUUGGAUUUUCCUACAGACUUGCUUCGGAUUUUAUCCGAGGUAACGACCCCAGGAUCACAAUUUUGUGGCUGACCGAAGCACGGAGAGAAAAUUGCUCCGCAAGAAACGGGUUCCGGCCACGAGCCUAUAAAAAACGGGUGGCGGGGCGCUGCUGUCUUUUCAGUCGGGCGCUGAGUGGUUUUUCGGAACAUGUCUGGUGGGUCCGCGGAUUAUAACAGAGAACAUGGCGGCCCAGAGGGAAUGGACCCCGAUGGUGUCAUCGAGAGCAACUGGAAUGAGAUUGUUGAUAACUUUGAUGAUAUGAAUUUAAAGGAGUCUCUUCUUCGUGGCAUCUAUGCUUACGGUUUUGAGAAGCCUUCCGCUAUUCAGCAGAGAGCUAUUAUUCCCUGUAUUAAAGGGUAUGAUGUGAUUGCUCAAGCUCAGUCAGGUACUGGCAAGACAGCCACAUUUGCUAUUUCCAUCCUGCAACAGUUGGAGAUUGAGUUCAAGGAGACCCAAGCACUAGUAUUGGCCCCCACCAGAGAACUGGCUCAACAGAUCCAAAAGGUAAUUCUGGCACUUGGAGACUAUAUGGGAGCCACUUGUCAUGCCUGCAUUGGUGGAACAAAUGUUCGAAAUGAAAUGCAAAAACUGCAGGCUGAAGCACCACAUAUUGUUGUUGGUACACCUGGGAGAGUGUUUGAUAUGUUAAACAGAAGAUAUCUUUCUCCAAAAUGGAUCAAAAUGUUUGUUUUGGAUGAAGCAGAUGAAAUGUUGAGCCGUGGUUUUAAGGAUCAAAUCUAUGAGAUUUUCCAAAAACUAAACACAAGUAUUCAGGUUGUGUUGCUUUCUGCCACAAUGCCAACUGAUGUGUUGGAAGUGACCAAAAAAUUCAUGAGAGAUCCAAUUCGAAUUCUGGUGAAAAAGGAAGAAUUGACCCUUGAAGGAAUCAAACAGUUUUAUAUUAAUGUUGAGAGAGAGGAAUGGAAGUUGGAUACACUUUGUGACUUGUACGAGACACUGACCAUUACCCAGGCUGUUAUUUUUCUCAAUACAAGGCGCAAGGUGGACUGGCUGACUGAGAAAAUGCAUGCCAGAGACUUCACAGUUUCUGCUCUGCAUGGUGACAUGGACCAGAAGGAGAGAGAUGUUAUCAUGAGGGAAUUCCGGUCAGGGUCAAGUCGUGUUCUGAUCACUACUGACUUGUUGGCUCGUGGAAUUGAUGUGCAACAAGUGUCUUUGGUUAUAAAUUAUGAUCUACCUACCAAUCGUGAAAACUAUAUUCACAGGAGUCGAUAGCAGCAGUUGAUGACGAGAUGGCACUCAGAAACGGCGUUGACGUAAUUUAGGACGUGGAAUCAUAAGCGAAACAGCACACUGUUUGAAUAAAGAGCGAGUCGGUAUUUAUAUUUGUUUUUCUUUUGUCAUGAUUAUUUGAUUAUUUUUAAGUUGCUCCAGCUAAGGCAUUUUUUUUGUAUUGGUAUUUCUAUUAGGGAACCUUUUUUAUUAGGUGGUUUGUAUUGUCUGGUUUCUAACAUGAAGGUAGCUGUUUGGCAGUUAAACACAUUUUGAGUAAUUUGAGUUACAAUGUGUGAAACUGAGCAAAAAAGCAGUGAUAAGUUUGGGUUACCAUACCAAAUAUUUGUUUUCCCACUGGAAAAAAGUAAGUUUUAGAAAAUAGUUAACCUUUGCAGCAUUUGUUUACAGUUUACAGUUCCAGAAGUGCGUCGAAAUGGAUUACAUAACUGCUCUUUGUUUUAUUCCUGGUGUUCACAUCUGUCCCAGGCUGACACCUGCUCUUGGCUGGCCCACUUUGGUAUGGGCUUUAAUUUCACUACCCCAAACACAGUACUGUCAUCUGCUUUGUAAUAAUGCUCAAGAUGCCUGAUAAAAAUCUCAUUUUGCAGCCAGACAAGCCUUGAAUCCUUUUGGCACUAACUGCAAAGGAAGAUUUUUUUCUCUAGAUAUGCAUUAGCAGCUAGUGCUCCAGUUAGAAGCACGAACUAUAACCUUGAUAAGUAAACAGCAGCUGAUGGUUAACAAGUGGAUCGUCAUGUUCAGUAGUUUAUACAUUAUGUAAGAAGUAACAUUCUGAUUGUUUCUUUUUCUUACACAGAAUUGGCAGAGGGGGUCGAUUUGGGAGGAAAGGUGUGGCUAUAAACUUUGUUACUGAAGAAGACAAGAGGAUUCUUCGUGACAUUGAGACUUUCUACAAUACUACAGUGGAGGAGAUGCCCAUGAAUGUGGCUGACCUUAUUUAAUUCCUGGGAUGAGAGUUUUGGAUGCAGUGCUCGCUGUUGCUGAAUAGGCGAUCACAACGUGCAUUGUGCUUCUUUCUUUGGGAAUAUUUGAAUCUUGUCUCAAUGCUCAUAACGGAUCAGAAAUACAGAUUUUGAUAGCAAAGCGACAUUAGUCGUGAGCUCUUGUGAGGAAAGUCAUUGGCUUUAUCCUCUUUAGAGUUAGACUGUUGGGGUGGGUAUAAAAGAUGGGGUCUGUAAAAUCUUUCUUUCUUAGAAAUUUAUUUCCUAGUUCUGUAGAAAUGGUUGUAUUAGAUGUUCUUUAUCAUUUAAUAAUAUACUUGUGGACUAAAAGAUAUAAGUGCUGUAUAAAAUCAGCCAAUUAUGUUAAACUAGCAUAUCUGCCUUUAUUGUGUUUGUCAUUAGCCUGAGUAGAAAGGCCUUUAAAAUUUUUUUAGAAAGCAUUUGAAUGCAUUUUGUUUGGUAUUGUAUUUAUUCAAUAAAGUAUUUAAUUAGUGCUAAGUGUGAACUGGACCCUGUUGCUAAGCCCCAGCAAGCAAUCAUCCUAGGUAGGGUUUAAUCUCCAGUAAAAUUGCCAUAUUGCACAUGUCUUAAUGAAGUUUGAAUGUUAAAUAAAUUGUAUAUUCACUUUAAA